GCGUGGAACGCCCUCUUGAGGCGAGCUGCAGCAACCGAAUCGUUCAUCCGGGACAUAUACUGUACUUGCACGAGUAAAAAAAUGGCGAUAAGUUGAAUUGCAUAAUUUCUUCAUGGUUGAUUCCUGAUGAACUGCAUUCAUCAUGAAAGUUGACCGGAGUAAACUCAAAAAGAGUGCUUCAGAAGUGCCUGGUGAUUGUAAGAUUCUUAUUGAGAAGCUCAAGUCAUGCCCUGAUCUGAGUGCUGAACUUGUGUACAUCAACACAUGGAACCAUGGCAAGUGUGAAUUGUUCCACUGGGUUGAUGUCUUGGACCGUUUUGACUCAGUCUUGGAGGAAGGCUGUAAGACGACAGCUGAUCACUCAUGGCACCUUGCCCUGGAUCUCCCUGGUAAUGUUCAGCUCAAACAGCUUGUCCAUAGCAUUCUCAACUUCACAGCACUACUCAUUGAGCACAGCUUCUCAAGACAUCUCUACAAUUCCAUUGAACAUCUGACAACAUUGCUGUCAUCCUCGGAUCUCAACACUGUUCUUGCUGUUCUCAACUUGGUCUAUGUAUUCAGCAAGCGAUCCAACUUUCUGAUCAAGCUAGCAGCAGACAAGCGACAAGAACUGUUUAGUCGCCUGACAUAUCUCGCAGAGAGCUGGGGUGGUAAAGACAAUGGCUUUGGCCUGGCAGAAUGCUGUCAGAAUGGACCCAAACCGAGGGUCCCGACCAGUGCAACAACAUUACACUUUGAGUUCUAUUCAGAGGUAGCUAUUCCAGAGGACAAACCAGCCAAAAAGCAUACACCUCAUGCUGUUACAGUGAUACAUUUAGAGAAUAUAGAUAAAAUCGCGGCAAGUCCAGCCGAUAUUAUGGAAGAUUUGCUGAAAAAUUUCAGCAUUCCGAAGGCGAAACUGAUGUUGCUGUAUACUCAUAUACGACUGGCCCACUGCUUUGCUACACACGACAAGCGCAUGCAGUGUGUGCAGGCAAGGCUGCAGGCAUUAUCGGUCCUAGUUUACUCAAGUGCAAUACAAGAAGUGUCCAAUUCAUUGUUGUACUCUGGCCUGGUGGAAGAACUAGUGGAUGUCCUACAACUGGAUGACCUGAAACUUGUUGAUAUAAAGGCAGCUUCACUUCGUACAUUGACAUCGAUCAUCCAUCUAGACCGCAACCCAAAGUUGGUUAACAUCAUUGAUGCUACAGGGGCCGCAUCAUACCAUGGUUUCCUACCAGUGUUGGUACGACGAUGCAUACAAGCAAUGAUAGAUCCAGCCAUGGAAGCAUUUCCCCAUGCUCUUGCCACCGCAUUGUUCUCAUUCUUGUACCAUCUAGCAAGCUAUGAAACAGGUGGAGAAGCUUUGGUGUCUUGCGGAAUGAUGGAGUCACUACUCAAGGUCAUCAAGUGGCCUGGAGAGGAUGAACAGAUCCACACAACGUUUGUGACGAGAGCUGUUCGAGUGGUGGAUCUGAUCACCAAUCUAGACAUGGCUGCCUUCCAAACACACCAAGGACUCUCCAUAUUCAUCAACAGAUUAGAGCAUGAGGUAGCCAUUUGUCGUAGACAGGCCCCAAAUGUCUUGCGACCCAGUUUCAGCACCUACCAAGAAGGAUCCUACUCACCGUCUCACUACUCAGAUGACUCAAUGGAGCUGGACUCGGUGGAAGGCGGAGGAGCUAGCAAAGAAGAGGGGGCUGGAGGCAGUGGUCCUAAGGACAAGAAGAGAAAGACAGAUGGUGCCCAGUGUUUUCCUCAGAGGGCAGCGCUACUCAAGUCCAUGCUCAACUUUCUGAAGAAAGCCAUUCCCGAUCCUGCAUUCUCCGAUAGCAUCAGACAUGUGAUGGAUGGUACCCUACCUAGUUCCCUGAAGCAUGUCAUCAGCAAUGCUGAGUAUUAUGGUCCUUCACUAUUUCUCUUAGCCUGUGAGUUGGUGACAGUGUACGUGUUCCAGGAACCAUCUCUGCUCUCUUCCCUGCAAGACACCGGUCUGACAGAUGUAAUGCUACAUGCACUCCUCAUCAAAGAUGUUCCCGCCACCAAGGAGGUCCUGGGUUCCCUUCCCAACAUCUUCAGCGCCCUUUGUCUGAAUGCUCGGGGGCUGAAUGCCUUCGUCCAGUGCAAACCGUUUGAUAAACUCUUCAAGGUACUGCUGUCGCCAACAUACCUCCCAGCCAUGAAACGACGGCGCAGUAAUGACGCCCUUGGUGACACAGCAUCAUCACUAGGUAGUGCAAUGGAUGAACUCAUGCGACACCAGCCGCUACUGAAAGCAGACGCCAUGAAAGCCAUUAUCAAGUUGUUGGAAGAGAUUUGUGCAUUAGGUCGGGACCCCAAAUACACCUGCAGCCGCACCCCGUCAAAGACCAAGAUCCAAGAGCCAGGAGGGAGCGCCCCCACUGGUAACCUGGAUGCAGACGCCGGCAACGACACGUCUAGUGAGGAUGAAGAAGAUGAAGAUGAAAUUGCAAGCACCAUGAGCCAGACCAGUAGUCUCAAGACAGAAACCGAGAUGCAACAAUCUUUGGGCCCAGAAGUCAAGACACCCAUUCCACUACUGGACUACAUCCUGAAUGUGAUGAAGUUUGUGGAGGCGAUUCUCAGCAACAAUGCCACUGAUGACCACUGUCGGGAGUUUGUCAACCAGAAGGGUCUGGUUCCAUUGAUGGGUAUCCUGGGUCUACCCAACAUGCCCAUUGAUUUCCCCUCCAACCCGGCCUGUCAGGCUGUCGCUGGAGUCUGCAAGUCAGUCCUGUCCUUAGCCCAUGAGACAUCAGUCCUGAAGCAAGGCCUCCUGUAUCUCAACGAUGUGCUUCAGUCCUUGGAGCCCCUCCACCACCCCCUUGGAGCCCCGGGGGGCUCUGUGCUCCUGAGAGAGCUUGUUAAUGCCCCCAACAUCUCUGAAGCUCCCCAAUCUGCUCAGGCUACACCCUUACUACACGCCAUGGCUUCCGCCCAUGCCUAUGUUACCAUGUUUGUCCAUGUGUGCCGGGUUGGUCAGAGUGAUGUCCGUACCAUAUCUGUUAAUCAGUGGGGUUCAGACCUGGGCCAGUCCGUCUUGCGAGGCUUAAGCAAGCUCUACACCUCCUUGGUCUGGGAGAGCAUUGUCCUCUUGGCCCUAUUCACCCCUGGAGCUCUCCCUGAGGGCUGUGACCUGGGCAGGGCUGAGAAGGAGAAACUCCUCCCCAAAGAGAUACAGGUGCUCGUGGAUGAUGCUUCCAAGUCGGGAAGUAAAUCAGAGGACCCCGAUAGCGCCAGCUCGGGACUGACUACAGAAGGGAGUUUAAGGACUGGUGACUUGGAUCUAGGUGCUGGGAGCUCCUUGAUGGAUGUUGGAGAUGCGUUGUCCCCGAUGGAAGUGGAAGACUCCAAGAGCGACAGCAAGGAAGGAGGAAAAUCCAAGCCUAAGAUGAGUCCACAGAUGCUGAGGCAGCUGCGGCAGGCCAUGCCUGUGCUUUACGCUCCCUCCCGCCUUGGCAAAGCACUCUCAGAACUGUUUGGGUUACUGGUCAAGUUGUGCGUGGGGUCAGCGGGACGGCAGAGGAGUCGCCAACAGCUUCAGCCCAAUGUGACCUCACCGUCGGAAGCAGCAAGGAAUACUGCCAAGGCACUUACUGACUUGCUGGCUAGCAGCCUGUCCUGGACUCCCCCUCCUGCCUGCCCACUGCCAAAAUUCAGGCUGACUUUUUACAUCUGUGCUGUAAGCUUUGCCUCCUCCAUGCUGUUUGAUGAGAAGAAGAACCCCUACCAUCUCAUGCUGCAGAAGUUCAUGACGUCUGGAGCCCACGCUGCUGUCUUUGAUGCAUUUAACUGGGCGCUAUCCAUGGGUGGAAAAGUCCCCACGUCAGAGGGGUUAGAGCAUGCCGAACUCCCUGAGGGUACAGGUGAAUUUUUGGAUGUUUGGCUGGUACUCGUUGAGAAGCUGGUAAACCCAGAAGCAGUCCUUGAUUCGCCCCAUUCUCUACCAGCCAGGUCAUCAGGCAAUGGGGUCUAUGCUCCAUUCAGCCCAGCUCAGUUUCUUAUCAGCACACACAAGGCGGCUUUUAAGGCCAUUCUUGGCCUGUGGGAGUGCAAGCCCCUGAAGGUCUAUGGCAGCCGCAUGUCUGAAUCCCUUCUGGCCAUCUUAUGUCACAUCCUGCGUGGAGAGGCAGUCAUUCGAGAACGGCUGGAGAAAGAGAAAGCUGAUGAAGCGGCUGCAGCGGCCAGUGAGGCUGCCAGUGGCUCAUCCUCCAGUGCUUCUGUACCGGCUGGUGGUCCAUCAGCAUCUUCCUCAGGCCUUGGAAGCUCCAGGCUGCUAGGAGAGUCUGGUCUCUUUGAUGCUUCUGGGUUGCUUGGCAGAAGUCGACCUCGAGCUGAGCCUAACGCAGAACACGUACAGCAGCUUAUUGACAUGGGCUUUUCCCGUAACCAUGCAAGGGAAGCAUUGCAGCACACAACCUCUCUGGAGCAGGCAGCAGAAUGGGCCCUCACCCACCCACCAUCCAUAUCAGCUGGUUUUGGUACAGGGUUGUCUGAGGAAGAAGAGAUGAUGCGGGCUAUUGCCAUGUCCCUGGGAGAGUCAAUCCAAAUGCCUUCAGACCAAGAGGAGGAAGACAGAAAGAAGAAAGAGGAUGAGGAGAAAGCCAAGAAAGAGCAAGAAGCAGCCAAGGAGAAGGAGCGAGCGGCUAGUGAUCGCAUCCCAGAGGAACCUCCCUUAGAGAAACAUCUCUUAAAUGACUUUGUCAAUAACAUGCUUCCUGGUUGCUUCAAGUUAUUAGAUGAGCUCCCAGAUACUGUCUACAGGAUAUGUGAUUUACUGGUGGUUGCUAACAACCGCAACGGCGAGCCAUGGAGAAAAUGCAUGCUAAGCUCCCUGGUUAGAGAGAUUGCAGAGAACAGUAAGUUACUCCUGGAAACUGCAUGCCCAGCCCACCAGCAACCCUUUGACAUGGAUUCACCAUCUAUAGAGGGCGCUUCAACAGGAUCAGCAGCUGAACAAGCCAAUAAACUGGCCACCAGUCCACAAGCGGCCAAGCUAGCUCCGAGGCUGCACCUGCUAUGCCUUCUCUUUGAGGAAAUGAAGGGCGUGUCAGCUAGAGCUGUUGAUGAGUCUGGUGUACUCCAAGUCCUUACUCUGCUUCUUGAAGAAUCUCAGAAAUGCAUGAGCAGCUUAAAGGACCGCACAACACCAAAGUGGUUAGGUCCUCUGUUGUUACUGAUUGACCAGUUUGAGAAGGCAGCUGUAACUUCUCGAAGGAAACUAGCUCAAAAAGGUGCUACCCAUAUCUGGAAGUGGUUUGAUGACUCGACGGGCCGCUGGUGUACCUACAGCAGUGGCAACAACAAGACGAUAGAUGAUGCUUACUGGGCUGGGAAACCCAGCGUCCGCUUCACUGCAGCAAGAAGGAGAUACAUGGUACACUUUAGUACUAUGGUGCAGUUGAAUGAGGAGACAUUGAAUCGACGGCCUGUCAUGCAGACAUUGCCUAGCAAGGAACAGACCAAGGAGGGAGAUAAGGACAGCAAAGAGGACAAAAGAAGAGACUCGGCUAAGAAACUCAAGACCAGCCGACCAACAGAAGGAAUAAGCUCUGCAUCCGUCAGCUCAGAAGACAAACCAGCUGCUGCUAAGGAGCCAGAAGUUGUGGCUAUCCAGGGCUUGGAUGUAGACAAAAUCAUCACUAUCAUCAGAUCUUGCGUUGGCUUGAUCAGCCUGCCUGUGGAGCCAGACACCUUACAUGCCGUCAUGCGCGUCUGUCUUCGCUUCACCCGCAGUCACCAGAUAGCGUUGUUGUUUGCUGAAAUGGGCGGUCCCCGCCUCCUACUGUCACUCAAGACGUCGUCGUCAUUCAAUGGUUUCUCCUACUUGGCCACCAUACUCAUCCGUCAUGUGUUUGAGGAGACGGCAGUGCUCCGCCAUGCUAUGGAUAAGUUGAUGACGAGUAUUGGCAACCGUGGCAUAGGCUGCCCAGUGUGUGGUGUCCUGCUGGGAAGUAUUGGGUCCAGAGAGCUCCACUAUGUCCUGAGAAAACUGGGUCCGCUGGCUUGCAGAGACGAAGGGGUCUUUGAUGAAACGGCUAGGUCCAUCUUGAGAAUUGCACUGCCGGUGCCAAAGAGAGGUGAUGAGGAUGAAUCUCGUUACACCGGUCCCAAUGCCCUCCAGCUUCUCAAGGCUCUGCCCAUGAAGCCAUACAGCCAUCCGGCCAUGACAAACCUGAUGAGACAGGUACUGUGUGACCUGCUGAAUGCUCUGACUGCUGAAAGUGAACCACUAAUAUCACCACCAGCAACUGAAGCUUCAAGCCAAGGCACCAUAGAUGACAAGAAGCCCACUACUGCACCGUCAGUCAAUCCACAGGCUGAGAUGGGCAUGGGACUGAGAGAGAUUGGUGAUGAACUGCUUCAGUUUUACAGCGGCGGGAGGAAUCUCCAAGGCAACCGCAUCACCACCCAACGCCUGGACAGUGGCACAGAUGCUGCCACUGCAGAUGACGAGCAACCUGAGUCAACUAGCGCUAGCUCCUCCAAAGCAGAAGGCUCCAGCAAGAAACCCACCAAGCCACCAGGCAAGGAAGACACUGCCAAGACAAAGCCUCUUCUGCCCAAGUCUGCCAUCCUUAGGCUCCUUGCUGAGCUGGUGCGCUCCUAUGUGGGCUUUGCCCUGGCGAUCGCCCAGUAUAACACAGGCAGCCAGACCUCCGUAGUCAAGGAACAUGGGUCUGUUCUAGCCUACAUCCUGGACCACCUGUUACCCCAGUGCCAGACAGCAGGUGACAAGGAUUGCUCAGCCCUGGCCCAGGUUCUCCUGGCUAGUCUUGCCUCCAGCAACCACAGCCCUGAGGCCCAGUCCAUCCUGGUGUCAGAGACCAAAGCAGCCCUGGCCCGAGCACUGGCACUGCCGGAGAGCUCAGAGAAACAUACCCGGGUCCAGUCACUCACACUGUUGAUCAGUGUCAUGAUCGAGGCCUGCCCACCUCCAGGCUCCGCCCAGCAACAGCAAUCAGGCUCCUACAACAAGCACCACCCCAACACAAUGAACAACAUGAUCCGUCUCCUGUUGAGGAAAGGACUGGUGAUAGACUUGGCUCGCAUCCCACACAGCUUGGACCUGUCUAGUCCCAACAUGGCUGCCACUGUCAACUCAGCCCUCAAGCCAUUAGAGACAUUGUCUCGGGUGGUCAACCAGCCUAGUGCUGGGGGGACCCUAGGGAAAUCAAUGGCCAAGCCCAGGGCUGGAGGGAGGGGAUCAGCACUGCAGAGCAUCGUGCAGGCCAGGAACGGCGCUGGACUUCUCAGCCAGGACCUUCAGGAUGUCAUAAACAAUGCCCCGACAUCGCAGGCUGCUGCUGCCAUGGAGAGUCGCACGGAGCUUGAUGACAUCAUGGAUGAGCUGCUAGAAAGAGGAGGUCAGGAACCAAGUUCCCUCUUGGGAGAGACCCUGAUAGCAACUGGUCCUGAGAGACUCGGGUCAUUGGGCUCUCGCUUUCUGGACCAAGCAGGAGAUGCCUCUCAGGAUGAGAUGGUGAUCACAAUGACAGAUGAAGGAGAAGAAAUGGACCAUGCUAUGGAAGAUGCUGAGAUGACCAAUCGUCAUGGCAACCAAGAAGAAACAGCUGACAUUGAUGGGGAUGGAGACAGUGUUCAUGAUGGGGACUCAGCAGCUGAGAGUGGAUCGGACGAUGACAGUGAAGAUCAAAGGGAUGAAGAAGACUGUGAUGAAGACUGUGUUGAGUGCGAGGAGGAAGACGAGGAAGAAGAAGAAGAAGAAGAGGAAGAAGAAGAGGAAGAUGAGGAGGAACAUGAAGGAUCUGACAUGGACAUGGAGUAUGAUUACUAUGAUGACUUGGAGGAUUCUUACUUUGGUGUGGCUGAUCGGGAUGAGGAUCUCUUCAUACAACUCGAGGAUGUCUUCCCAGGUGAAUCCUACCAUCAUGGGUCAAUUCUUGGAGUGCCAGCCUCAAUCCGCACAUACCAGCUGCCAGUAGCGGUCCAUGAUGAUAAUGCCAAUGGUCCAAGCAUACCGGCGGCCCCGAGUGCAGUGACCACUCACCAUCCCCUCCUGAUCCGUCAUGCUGACCACACCAAUCUGACUCAUGGCUUCGGUAACACCACCACGGCCCGCAGCCAUCGACCCAGGGGCCAGCGAGGUCACAGGCAUGGUCAGAACCCUACACAGACUGUACACAUCUACCACUCUGGCAAUGCCAGGCCACCUAGUGUCCCCACCAUCCUAAGGCUGCUGGGACUGACCUCAGCUGCUGACAUCGUCCAGCUUACAUCAGGUGCCUCUGGCAACACGGCCGCCAGCAACCAGACCAGGAUCUAUUUGGCCGACUCUGAGGAGCAGAUGAUGGGGCGUAGCUACGAAGGGCUCUAUGAUGACUUAUACCAGGAUAACUUCAAUGAUGGCUACCUGGCUAGCUCUGAUCCCAUCUCUAGCGUGCCCACCACCUACCAGCGCUGGGAUGAGGAAGCUAGGUUGUUAGAUGGCGCCAGCAUGCAUGACUGCGUGCAAGCCUUGAAGCCAGACCUGAUGGAGCUCCUGGAGAAACACCGUGAUGAGGAGCUUGCAGAGCGACGGGAAAAACGACGCAAACAGGCGGAGGAAGAAGCCGCCAAGAAAGCUGAAGAUGAUGCCCUCAAGAAGAGAGUAGAAGCAGUUGAGAAGGCAUUGGAAGAGAAGAAAAGAGAGCAAGAUGGGGACAAGACACUGAUGGAGGGAGACAAGGAAAAUGAAGAGAAGAUGGAGGUUACAGAGGGAGAAGCAAGGACUGAAGGAACAGCCUCAAGUGUACCUGAUGCUUCAAGCAUCCCAACAACAGGUGACUUAACUGCUGGCAUCAAUGAGUUGGCCUCAUCUAUAGCAGCCGCAGCCGUAGGCCUUCGCUCUUCACUGGUAUCUGGCAACCAGGAAACAGCAUUAACAACCUCUGGGAUAUCCAGCUUCCCUUCCCUGGCUCCCACAUCAUUUGUCUCCACGACAACCACAGUGGUACCACCAAUCAGUGCAAUGGAGAGUCUGCCAGCCAUGCCCUUGGCUACCACAGAUCGGUCGACUGGUGAAGUGGUGACUUGCUCUGUCCCACUCACCACUACCAACCCCCAAUUGGUAACUGUGGUGGCUUCCACCACCACGUCCCCAAUGUCAGUCACCUCAGCACCCUCAAGCCGAGACCCCUUGGCCCCGAGCAGUGCCGUGGGAAGCAGCAUCAGUUCCCAGGAUGCACCAGCCUUGACGUCAUUGUCAUCGUCAUUACCAUCAUCAUCGUUGCCUGCUACGUCAUCUGCCUCCAGCUUUGCUCGGGCCUCCACCAUCUUGGCCUCUGAGCCCACCUUUGCUUCGCUCUUGGCCCAGGAUUACCCGGUACCCGGUAUGCUGAUUCCCAGCAUGUCAACCACAACAGCAGGUUCAUCUGGUACUAGUCAGCCACCUGUGUCCAUUACCUCCACUUCUACAUCAUCACCGAACGACAGUCAGAGUGUUGAUGCUUCAGCCCCAGCCUCGACAAGAAGCACUGAAACCCUUGGUGACAUCAAGCUACCUGAAGGGGUGGACCCCUCUUUCCUCGCAGCCCUUCCUGAAGGCAUUCGUCAGGAGGUGUUGAGGGAACACCUUGGCAUCCGUCACUCCCAGCCCGCAACAUCCACCUCGGCUGGCACUGGUACCUCGGUGGCAGGCAGUAACCUGGCAGCUUCCACAAGUGCUGGGUCUGCUGUGGCAGCUACCACCCUGGAUCCUAACAGCUCUAUCAGCCAGGUCAACCCAGAGUUCCUGGCAGCUCUGCCACUCCACAUACAAGAAGAGGUCCUUGCCCAAGAAAGAGCAGAGCAGCAGCGUCUCCUAGCCAGCCAGCAGCCAGCCACAGCCACUUCGGACCCUGUAGACCCUGCAGCCUUCAUCCAGAACCUUCCCCCAGGCCUACGCCAGACGGUCCUAGCCGACAUGGACGACUCAGUCCUUGCUUUACUCCCCCAAGAGAUAGCAGCAGAGGCUCAAGCACUUCGCAUUGACCGGGUGCUCCGACAUCGACAGCUCAUGCAGGAACGACUGCUGAGGGAGACGGGUAUGCUGGGUGCUAUACUUCAGAAUUCAGGUCUUUCCAGUCGGCUCGGCCAAGGUGGCAUUUACCGUCUCUCUGUGCCGCGGUCCACCAGCGGUUACUCAUGGAGCUGGGGUGGUGGCUCACGAGGCUUAAACACAUCUCGCAGCGCUGCCACCAACACUACCACCACCACCAGCGCCUUGACACAGUUCCAUGGACGUCAGUUGGUGGACCUAGAAGCCCUGACUUGUCUCUUGGUGCUUCUCUUUGUCAAUGAGCCUAAGCUGAAUACUGCCCGUCUGCACCGUGUGCUGCGCAAUUUGAGCUACCAUCCCUCCACUCGACAGUGGAUCCUUCAGGCUCUGCUCAGCAUCCUUGAAAGGACCAGUGGUACGUCUGCCAAAGCACCCCUGAUGGUCUUCGAAAGCAGAAACAUCCCUGGUGGUAACUCACAGUGGAGCGAUAUGGAGACUGUGUCCAGUUUAGCUAAGACUGAAAGCAAGAGCAACCAACAGCAGCAGCAGCAGCAGCAGCCGUCUUGGCUGUCCAUCAGCAUGGAUGCUGCCUUGGGAUGCAGGGCUAGCGUCUUCCAAGUCCAGCGUGGCAGCAGCAAGAAGAGCAGUGAUCGUCAGGGGGCAUUAGUCUGCAUCCAUCCACAAGCUGCUCCCCUCGUCUGCCGCCAUGUCUUAGAAACACUGGUCUCGCUUGCCAAGGUAUUCCCCCAUCAAUUUAUUCCGCAGAGACCCAAGGACCCACCAAAAACCACAGCAGCAUCCGAGAGCAACAGCAGUAGUAGUUUGAAAAUUGCUGAGGGGGUACCCUUGUCCCAGUCAGACAGCCUGACGUCAAAUCUAAGUCAGAUGUCAAACCUGAGUCAGACUUCCACAACUAGCACUGGUGGUGGGAAAGCAAGCUCAUCCCGACAAGAGGCCGAGUUCUGGGAUCUCCUGGUGCGACUUGACAACACCUCUCUGGGUCGGAAAGGUAAAAUGACCAGCAAGUCAUCUAGCUUGGACAAGGAUAGCAAACGGGGGUUGGAUUCAGCCCACUCCCCCAUGGCCCUGUUAAUGGGCAUGCUGGCUCAUCCCGUCAUACGCCGCAGCACGGCACUGACAGAUAAGAUGCUUCACUUACUGUCGUUGGUCUCGGCAUCAUUACCGGAGACAGAUAAACGGGACAAGAUUGAUCAAUCGAUGAUCAAGAGUAUUGCAAGAUUGACCAGGCAAACAGCUGAACCGGCUCAGCCAUGCACACCAUCUCAGUCUAGACAAGAUUCUGCCAGUGAAGGGCCUGAUGGGGUUGCCACCCCCUCAAUGACAGACUCAGCCUCUGGAGAGAGACAGCACAACUUGUCCACAACCAGUAGCGCUGGCAGCCCCAUGGACACAGCAUCCAUCACAGAUGUGAGUGAUACCCAAGAACUGGAAGCAGACAAGAGAGAGGAGAAGCAGGAGAAGACCAUAGUUGAAGAGCGGUUGCUCAAGCUGGCAGUUGAUGUUUUGACAGCUCACAGUUGUUCUGAGGAUGGCCUGGAAGAUGCUACCACAUUACUCAUGCAGCUAUCCCGUGGUCACGGAUUCACAAGGCAAAUGGUGCUAGCUUUAUUGCUGGAUGGAGCUAAAGAGAUUGGCCAUUCACUAUGCAGUGAUAUAAAGAAGCUGUUGGUAGAAGUACGGCAGUACCAAGAAACUGCUGAGAUUAAUGGCGAUGAUGAGGCAUCAACAUCAGCUGCUGGCACCUCGGGCCUUAGUGGCACCCUCCGGGAUCGCUUCAACAUGGGUAUUAGCGUGGUGGUGAGCGCCAGACCUGGUCAUGCCAAGCGCAGUGGGUUUGAGCUGCGAUUGCCAUCCAUGGCUCUCUUCACAGCCAAGAUGUCUAAUCAGAAUCUGUUUCUGCGUAUGUUGAAGGUGGUGGUGCAGCUGAAGGAAGCUGCUAAGAAGGCUGCUAAGAAGGCGUCAGCACUCAGCAAAAACCUGAGUGGAACAGCUAACCAUCUAGCCGCAGCCGUUGCGGCUCUUGAGGCCAAUGCCAGCGAACACAUGGAAGCCUUGAGCCGUAGAGGGCAGGCUUCAACAAGGACCACUCAAGCAGCUGUCUCUACAUCACCUGCUACAACGGCUACCAGCACCCCAACCACAACCCCUGCCACACCCCCCAUCACAUCAACCCCCAGCACAGUCCAGCAGCAGUUGGAGGUCCUAGAGGCCGGCCAAACCACCAGGACCAGUAGCAAUACCAGUGCUGCAAGCAGUGGGUCUGUGGCGGCUGAAACUCCCAUGGAGGUUGACCAGCCAGUGCCUGGAAGCAUUCAGCAAGGAGUCGCUGCCCUCAAGCAGGCAUCAUUAGAUAUGCAAAGAGCAGGCACCAGCAAAGCUGAUGAGUUUGAGGACAAUGAGCCUCGUCUUAGUAACCAACUAUCCUUGGAUGAACUGUGGGACACCCUGAGUGCCUGUCUGACAGACCUAUCCCAGACCCCAGACCACCACUCAGUCCUGGUCCUUCAGCCAGCAGUAGAGGCUUUCUUCCUAGUCCAUGCCUCGGACAAGGAGGCUCACAAGGACUUGGCUGCUGCCAAGCCCUCGCUGACCAGGGACAGCAGUCUGUCUCAUGUGCCUGAUGUGGCCCCAUUGUCUCCAAUGCCGUUAUCAGCAGGUGCCAGCAGUAGUAGCACGGCAGGCGCCUUCUUUGCAAGGGAAAGUUCAGUCACGUCCAUAGUCACAGCCGGCAUGCCACUUGACACCCAGAAGUUUCUCAGCUUUGCAGAGAUGCACCGCAAUGUGCUGAACCAAAUCCUGCGCCAGUCUACGGUCCACCUCUCAGAGGGACCUUUCUCUGUCCUGGUCAACCAUGUACGCAUUUUGGACUUUGAUGUCAAGCGUCGCUACUUCCGACAGGAGCUGGAGCGUCUAGAUGAGGGAACACGGCGGGAGGAUAUGGCCAUUCACGUCCGGCGGGAGCACGUCUUUGAAGACUCGUACAGAGAGUUGCAUCGGCGUUCUCCAGAGGAAUGGAAGAAUAGAUUCUAUGUGCUGUUUGAAGGAGAAGAAGGGCAGGAUGCUGGAGGGUUGCUCAGGGAGUGGUAUCUCAUCAUCUCAAAGGAGAUCUUCAAUCCCAUGUACGCCCUCUUCAAGGUGUCCCCCGGCGACCGUGUGACGUAUCUGCCCAACCCAGCCUCUCACUGCAACUCCAAUCAUCUCAGCUACUUCAAGUUUGUUGGCCGUAUCAUUGCUAAGGCCAUCUAUGACAACAAACUCCUUGACUGCUACUUCUCCCGUUCCUACUACAAGCACAUCUUGGGAAAGCCAGUCAAGUACACAGACAUGGAGAGUGAGGACUAUUCCUUCUAUCAGGGGCUUGUUUUCCUGUUGGAGCACUCAGUCUCAGAGUUGGGGUACGAGCUGAUGUUCAGCACAGAGAUCGAGGAAUUUGGGGUGACUGAGGUCCGAGACCUGAAACCCAACGGCCGCAACAUCCCUGUGACGGCGGAGAACAAGUUGGAGUAUGUACACCUGGUCUGUCAGAUGAAGAUGACUGGAGCUAUCCGCAAGCAACUGGAUAGCUUCCUAGAAGGAUUCUAUGACAUCAUUCCUAAGAGGCUCAUCUCUAUCUUCAAUGAGCAGGAGCUGGAACUGCUCAUUUCAGGUUUGCCUACUAUCGAUGUGGAUGAUCUCAAGGCUAACUCGGAAUAUCACAAGUACCAGGCCAAUUCACUGCAGAUCCAGUGGUUCUGGCGUGGUCUACGUUCCUUUGACCAGGCCAUCCGAGCCAAGUUCCUCCAGUUUGUGACAGGGACCUCCAAGGUUCCCCUGCAAGGCUUUGCCUCGCUGGAAGGCAUGAAUGGACCUCAGAAGUUCCAGAUUCAUCGGGAUGACCGUUCCACAGACAGGCUGCCAACUGCCCACACUUGUUUCAAUCAACUGGACCUCCCAGCCUACGAGACUUAUGACAAGCUACGCAAGAUGCUACUAUUGGCUAUAGAGGAAUGCACAGAGGGCUUCGGCUUGGCCUGAUCAGGGGACAAACUAGGAGAGUGAUCACUACGCUCAAACUACUCAUGUUCAUACAGUGGAAAUUUGAAGAUUUCUUUCCAAUUGCCUAACCUUUUUUGCCCUGUGGGACUCCCCCUCAACAGGCUAAAUAUAACUUCCCCCUGUGUUUAGCAUUUCAGGCACUUGGAUUUGCAUCUUUGUAAUUGAGUUUUAGCAGCAUACCCUGCCACAGAUUCUCUUGUGCCCCCAGCGUAUCCAAAGUGACCACUUAACUUAUUCACAAAAUCUUGUGAAGGAAAUGCAGACGUAGCAUAGCAUUGCGGGUAGCUAUCUUGCCAUGAUCAUUGUACAUAAAUGUGUGUGCAAGAGUCAUGUGCACACAGAUGUGUAGACCAAGCGUAUUAGGUAAACAAAAUUGUCCAAUGAGAGCUCAAAGAAAAUGGAGGUUGAUUGAGACGAGCAAAUCUAACAGAUAACAUCUUUGCACAUGAGUCCCCAAGACUGGUUGUGCAGUACGGUCUCACAAGUUUAGCACAAGCAAGGGACAAACCAAAGUCUUGAUGUGAAGAAGUUUAAUAGAGUAUAAAUGAAAAUUGCAUUGAAAUUGCUUCACUGUGACCGAAGCAGGUACAGUCACAUUCCUGUUGAAGGGUGACAAGUCACCGUAAUAGGGGCUGUUUUUACUCAUGAGUACACAAAAUGGUAACAGCUUCUGUUGACUUUUCAAAUUACACAAUGGUAUAUGUUUUGAUUUGAAGACGGAUCCUCGGUUAAUUCUCAGUGCAGGAGUACAUUAGCUCAUAUGAAUUCAAAACGAAUUUUGUUGAACUCUAUUCUGAAGCCUGUGUUUGGUUCUAUUUUUUUUUUUUUACAACUAAUUUAAAUGUCAAUUCAUAUUUGGUUAAGAUUUAAGUACACAUUUUUGGAUGAAGAACGUUUUUGAUAUGGAAAAUGCUUGCUUUGUUAAGGACUGUUUUCCUUUGAGAUUUUGUUAAUACAAUGUGUCAUUUCCACAGAUGAGGUAUGAUAUCUGAGAUCUUAGUUUGAAUUUGGGAAAAAAUAUUGAAAUUUGGAAAUUUACUGUUAUUAGUUUAGAAAACUGCCAGUCUUCUUUUGGAUGACUGUAAAAUAGUGUAAACAUGACUGGAUGUUUGUGUUCCUUACUGGUGAAUAUAUUCAGAGAAGUUUAUCUAACAAAGUUUUGUAAAGUUGGGAACACUAAGUUUUGCAUGAAACAAGUAAUCUUGAUGUUACAAAUGGUUUUGCUUCUUCCGAAUGGGUGUUUUUAUUUCCCAAGGGAAAUAAAGAAAACAUGCUAUUUAAUUGAAAAGAAAAGGUGCAUCAGACAUAAUUAUGUUACUGCUUAUUGGUAGAUAAAAAACUGUUGUACCAAAAAGUAGAACUUCUUUGUAUGUUUUAAAAUUUUCAGGUAUGAAUUAGUUUAACGUGUAGUGUAGGUUUCACAAGGAUAUUGUAGAAACGGCUAUUAUUGUAGAAUGAUAUUAUAAUUAUGUGUCAGAUUUAUGCAUAUAAAUAGCAUUUUGUCAUGAUCAUCAAUGAUUUUUGUCCCUUUGUAUAUUUCCCUAUGCUUUUCAUGGAAAAAAGAAAAUACCGAAGAUAAUAUAACCCAGCUCAACUGUAAAAGAAGUAUUGAAUGUUUUGCUCAGUGUUUGAAAUUUUGCAAUGCUGAAACUUGUUUUCUUUUCUGCUGACGUACAAGUUUGAGGGGUUGGCAAUGUACUGUAAGGAUUCUUGUUCAUAGUGUCGUUACUCUUCAACGAAUUUCUGCUUUUGAGUACAUUGUGCUCGUUAAGUUAAUUUGAAACCCAAUCAAAUUCACAACAAAAAUUGUUUACUUUUUUUCCUGGACUUCCAAGGUUUAAGUUUGAGAAUGAUUUUUUCUUAGGCAUUCUUUUCUGAUCCAGGUACAAAGUUAAAAGUGUAAAAUUAGAUUAUGAAAAGACUGCCGUUGCUAUUGCUCAUAAUCCUUUCAUUUUUAGUUCAUUCUUUGGGAGAAUAUAAUGAAAACUUACCUGAUUAAAACAGUUUGAAUUCUGUGAAAAUAAAUUAA